GCGCGCAAACGCUUAGCAACUAGCAGCACGGGUACGUCUGUGUGGGAUACAUUUACAAAUAGAAGCUAAGGAGAUAUAACUAACAAAAAAACAAGUCGAAAAACGAGUUAAAUAACAAGUUAAAGAAGGAGAAUUCAGCAGAAGGAGCUGAAAGAAAAUGCCAGUGCCUCAGAAACCUGGAGCAGUGAGGUCUAAACAGGGAUCUAACACUCACUCCCUGUUAAAAGCACCUGCUGUAAAGGGAGCCAAAGUCUCCAGCAAAAAGAAGGACGACGAGGAUGGAACAGAGACCGGAGACGGAGACGAGUGGACGCAGGGGAAGACUCUGGUUAAACCUCCAGACCAGCUGGACCUAACUGAGGAGGAGCUGAAAGAGGAGUUCACAAGAAUACUGACAGCAAGCAAUCCACAUGCUCCACAGAAUAUUGUCAGAUACAGCUUCAAAGAGCGCUGCUAUAAGCCGGUCAGCAGCGUGGAUCAGUUGGCUGUUCACUUUGUGCUGGAGGGGAACCUUCUGCACAAGGAUUCUGAUGAGGCUCGAAGGCAAAGAGCUAGGCAAGGCUUCGCAGAGGAAAAAACAGCCACAGAGACAGAAAAUGUAGCAGAAAACGAGGACAAACCGGAGACUCCGGCAGAUGGGGUUGAGGAUGCAGGUGAUGCAGAAGAUGGCGCUGGAGAGGAAAGACCGGACAGCGCGGACGUCCAAGUGGGGAAGAAAGAGCGCAAAAUCACCAACCAGUUCAACUUCAGCGAAAGAGCAUCCCAGACGUUCAACAACCCUCAGAGAGACAGAUCCUGCCAAACUGAACCUCCUCCUCGUGCCACCUUCUCCGAUACAGUUAAUCAGUGGGUGAUCUAUGAUGCCUAUGUGGAGGAGCUACAGAAGCAGGAGAAGAGUAAGGAGAAACAGAAGACCCCUAAGAAGGAGGAAGACAAAGGGAAGAAGAAGAAGACAGUGUGGGUGGAGAGUCAGAGUGAUGAUAUUACCAAAGUGGCGAAGGUGGCUAAGAUUAUCGAGCGCAUGGUGACUCAGAACACCUUUGAUGACAUCGCUCAGGAUUUUAAAUACUUUGAGGAUGCGUCAGAUGAGUUCCGAGAACUAGAGGGCACGCUUCUGCCAUUGUGGAAGUUCCAUUAUGACAAAGCCAAACAUCUCUCAGUAACCGCACUCUGCUGGAAUCAGAAGUACAAAGACCUGUUUGCUGUAGGACUCGGGUCAUAUGAGUUCACUAAGCAGGGUCGAGGCAUGCUGCUCUUCUACUCCCUGAAGAACUCCACCUACCCAGAGUACAUUUUCCACACUAAUUCUGGGGUCAUGUGUCUGGACAUCCACAAAGAGCUGUCCUACUUGGUGGUGGUGGGUUUCUACGAUGGUAGCGUUGCAGUGUAUAAUCUGAAGGAGCACCGACCUCAGCCUGUUUAUAAGAGCACCGCCAAGUCGGGCAAGCACACUGACCCGGUGUGGCAGGUAAAGUGGCAGAACGACGACAUAGACAAGAAUCAUAAUUUCUUCUCAGUCUCCUCUGAUGGACGUGUGGUAUCAUGGACUCUUGUGAAGAAUGAGCUGCUGUUCACAGAUAUCAUAAAACUCUCUGUAGAAGGGGCUGUUUCUGAAGGACAAGAGGACAUGAAGAUUCCUGACAUAGCCGGCGGAACGUCUUUCGAUUUCCAUAAAGAGAUCGACUACCUUUUCCUCGUUGGCACUGAAGAGGGCAAAAUCCACAAGUGCUCCAAAUCCUACUCUAGCCAGUUCCUGGAGACGUACACUGCACACAGCCUGUCUGUCGAUGCCGUGAAGUGGAACCACUUCCAUCCAAAAGUGUUCAUCUCUUGUAGCUCGGAUUGGACUGUCAAGAUAUGGGACCACACUAUCACGAGCCCGAUGUUCACCUUUGACCUGAACACAGCUGUGGGUGAUGUGGCCUGGUCUCCGUACUCCUCCACUGUGUUCGCUGCUGUCACCAUUGAUGGAAAGGUGCAUGUGUUUGACCUGAGUAUCAACAAAUAUGAAGCCAUCUGCCAGCAGGCCGUGGUGUCUAAGAAGACCAAGCUAACUCACAUUGAGUUUAACCCCGUGUACCCCAUCAUCAUUGUGGGAGAUGACCGAGGCUACGUCACCAGCCUGAAGCUCUCGCCCAACCUCCGCACGAAGCCAAAGGAAAAGAAGGGUCAGGAGUUGCCAAAGGGGCCCGAAGUGGAGAUAGCAAAGUUGGAGAAGCUGUUGAGUCUACUGAGGGAUACUGAGAGUCCUGUACAGAAGUAACGUACUAACACCUCAAGUGCUCUGUAACAUCACAUUACGGUCUUACAAAGCACACUGAACACACACGAAAACAUACACACACACACACACACAGACAGAGCUAACAAAAAUACAGCAGGAAGGGGAAAAAGAAAGGUUUAGUCUUCUUUCUGGCUUGUCACCUUAUAAAUAUGUAAUGAAUAAAACACAACAGGUCAUGCUGUUAUAGGAAAAUAAUCAAUAACAGGUUGACUGAUGCAGCCCAAAUCAAAGCAAAGUUACCGUUACUACCCGAAGUUGAUUAUUUUCCACUAAAAGCACAUUCUGAAGUGUUUAACUCAUCUGAUACCACAGCAAUUUUCCAAUAAUUACAAUACUUUAUGUAUUACAAAUGUCAUUUUUAUCCAUUUAUAGUUACAUUUAAUGUUGUGAAAUGACUGUGAAAGUUCCUGUUAUCACUUAUACUACAGCAGCUAUAAACCAUCCUUCCUCUUACCAACCUCUUUUUUCUGUUUUAAAGUUAAUAAGACAAAAAAAAUGCAGCUUGUCAUGUUACCAAGAAGCUGCGGAGCUCUCUGUCCUGAAGACUUUCCUGUGAUGGAAAACUUAAAGUUACCGUUUUACCUCUGACUGUUACAAAGCGCUGACACUGGAGACUCCUUCUGUAAAUGUUAAAUAAACAUCUCCUCACAGAAACUUUUACCGUAUGAACAAUUUGAAGUUGUUACUGGAGAAAUGAUAGCAUAUUAGAACAACCACAUUAUUGUCAUAGCUGCUGUUAUAGAAAAUUAAUCAACACAUUCUGACCAAACAAUUUUGAGAAAUGUAAUAAUAUCUAUGCAUACAUUUAACCUUUUAUUUUUAUGAUAUUUGUAGUUUACAUAUAUCACUUACUAUUAAACAUCUCACCUAAUGUGCUAUCUGAAUACCUUCACCCUCAACCAGCCCAUCACUAUUUCACUUUCCAAACAACAUGGUAUUAAAGACAGGGUUCUGCCUUCUGGAGUGCUGAUGUGUUUAUUAAAACGAUUCAUCAUGUCUAAACCACUGGUUCAUUACCUGAUACGCUCCAGAUCAUAUGCAAAUGGGAUAAGAAGAUAUUUGUUUAUUGGUUCCUCGGGCCCUUUAAAUAAGCAAGCUAUGAGUGCGAGAAAAAAAAAUCCCAACAAACUCUUGUUUGAUAUUAAAAUGCAUCAGUCACACACUUGCAAGCACUACAGGGGAGCACCUAUUCAAGACCCAGAUCUGUGCGUCAUUAUUAGCACAGUAUUGAUUGGUAGUUGGUCCACUGGCCAAGCAGAGUGUGUGGGUUGAGUGCAGCUCUAGCAGGCAUGACUGGACUGUGGUGAAGAGGACCAUAAGUGUCUCUUUACCUUUAUAUAAACCACUCACAGCUGAGUGCUAAUGAAUCAAAGUGCUCAGACAUCAGAGACCACGGCAAGCAGCCCAUGCUGACGCCGCAUGGUUUUUACAUAGGAACCCCAAUUACACAGGCUUUGAGCAGUGGUGAA